GUUAUUAUGCCUGUUGGGUCAUGCCAAAUCUCUCCUGGAUAUGCAGAAACCGGAAAAGAGGAAUGGAGAUAUUUCUUGCAAACAAAAUUGAAUUACACCGCACAUUAUGAAAGAGAAGCCUAUGUAACAGUUCUUCAUUCCUCAGAAGGUUACGUUUGUGGGGCAAUCGCUUUGGCGCAAAGCAUAAUCCAAAGCAACACUAAAAGAGACCUUGUUCUUCUUCAUGAUAAAUCUUUAAGUGACAAAUCUAUACGUGGACUUCGAGCUGCCGGAUGGAAGACGAAGCUAAUUUCGCGUAUUCGCAGCCCGUUUUCCGUAAAAGACUCAUACAAUGAAUGGAAUUACAGCAAGCUUCGCGUAUGGCAACUCAUUGAAUAUGAGAAAGUAAUUUUUAUCGACGCCGAAUCUUCUUGUCUUAGCGUAACAUCGAUAAGUUCAUUCUUUACCAGUCAUUAUCAGCCACUGAGGAAACGUAGGGUCGGUGUUCAAUCACGGUACUAA